AUGCCAUUGCAUGAAACAGUCAACGAGUGCAUUUGGCUUCGAGUAAUCAUUACUCACAUUCGAGAUGCUAGUGGAUUAAGUUCUACUACAGUUGAACCUACAUGUCUUUACGAAGAUAAUGUUGCUUGCAUUGAGCAGAUGAAGUUAGGUUACAUUAAGGGUAAUAACACAAAACAUAUUUCGCCAAAGUUCUUUUAUAGUCAGAAACAAGAGAUAUUGAAUAUCCAAGUUAAUCAGAUUCGUUCUGAGGAUAAUGUGGCAGAUUUGUUCACUAAGUCUCUUCCAAAAUCUACAUUUGUGAAGUAUGUGAAACACAUUGGUUUGCGUCAUUUAUCAAAGCUCCGAGAUUGA